CUGUAGUUUCACCUGUGAAGCUGAUGGUGGAGUCAUCUUCCUCUGGAGGCAGGGGUGCCGAGGAAGGCAUACCACCUCCACGCAUCGCAGAUGUUAUAGACAGGCAGGAGAGCAUAAUGCAAGGCAUGUUCUCCCAUACUGGAACAUUGCAGGGAGAGAAAGGCCAAUUGCAGAGCAUCCAGGACCACGACGUUCCAGAGCCAUGUGAUAAGACCACUACCCAGCCAUGUGGCACUAAGCUCCCAAAUGGACAUGGAGGCCACAGUGCACAUAAAUUGACUGAGUGGGACGAUCCUAACUCAUCUCUUCCUGCAGGAAGCUACUUGAAUUCAGAGGGCGAUCAUGUGAUUGCAAAUGGAGAGCUCUCAGCAGGCUCUAGAGGUGGUGCUUUGGAUGCUAUUUCUUCUGUGCUACCACCUCAAGAUGCAGCUGUAGACAGAACCACCAGCUCGGAAGACUAUUUAAAUGCCCAAAAUGCAGUGUUUAAUGACACCAGAAGUUGUUCUGAAGGCGACCCAUCUUUGGAUAGGAACUCUUCAGCCAGUCGGCAUUCUGUAGUUUCACCUGUGAAGCUGAUGGUGGAGUCAUCUUCCUCUGGAGGCAGGGGUGCCGAGGAAGGCAUACCACCUCCACGCAUCGCAGAUGUUAUAGACAGGCAGGAGAGCAUAAUGCAAGGCAUGUUCUCCCAUACUGGAACAUCGCAGGGAGAGAAAGGCCAAUUGCAGAGCAUCCAGGACCACGACGUUCCAGAGUCAUGUGAUAAGACCACUACCCAGCCAUGUGGCACUAAGCUCCCAAAUGGACAUGGAGGCCACAGUGCACAUAAAUUGACUGAGUGGGACGAUCCUAACUCAUCUCUUCCUGCAGGAAGCUACUUCAAUUCAGAGGGCGAUCAUGUGAUUGCAAAUGGAGAGCUCUCAGCAGGCUCUAGAGGUGGUGCUUUGGAUGCUAUUUCUUCUGUGCUACCACCUCAAGAUGCAGCUGUAGACAGAACCACCAGCUCGGAAGACUAUUUAAAUGCCCAAAAUGCAGUGUUUAAUGACACCAGAAGUUGUUCUGAAGGCGACCCAUCUUUGGAUAGGAACUCUUCAGCCAGUCUGUCAACUCCGAAACACUCUCUCAGGACGUUUUCCUCUAGCACUUUCCUCAACACUGACUCUGCUCGUCUCAGUCGGUAUGAUGAUGAGACCUUUUCCACAUCAGAUAGACCUGAUGACUCGAUCUUCACGGACGUGAGUCUGAAACCCAGGAACACUUAUGAGAUCAGUCGGCGUCAGAGUGCUCCAGACAACAUCCCUGGUGUGUUAAGUGUUGCUGUCGCAGAUCUGACUCUCAGUCAAAGGAAACAGGGCAUCUCUGAGAUCUUCAACAGAAGUCUGUUCUCCAGAAAGCAGAGGGAGGCCCACAGUGCACCAGGAUGGAAACUGUUUGGAAAGGUCCCACUGAGAGAGAGUCCUCCCAAAGACUCCAAAAUCAUUCAGCAGGAAAGUAACCCAGGCAAUCUCACAUCUGUAUCUACGCCCAAUCUCUUAAAUUCAGGGGAGUACGAGGCCAGGGCGUCUAAAUCGGACCAGAGUCCCUCCCUGCCCACUCAGGGUCGACGGAAGAACCUGGAAUUCGAGCCACUCUCCACCACGGCGCUCAUUUUAGAGGACCGUCCCGCGAGCCUCCCUGCUAAAUCGGAGGAGGAAGCGCAGCGCCACCGUCAGGAGUACGAUGAAAUGGUGGCCGAGGCCAAGAAAAGAGAGCUGAAGGAGGCUCAGAAGAAGAAAAAGCAGAUGAAGGAAAGAUUUAAACAGGAGGAAAGCAUCGCUAACGCCAUGGUGGUUUGGAACAACGAAAUCCUUCCCAACUGGGAGAGCAUGCGUGGUACGCGGCGUGUGAGGGAUCUGUGGUGGCAAGGUCUUCCGCCCAACGUGAGGGGGAAAGUCUGGAGUCUGGCCAUUGGAAAUGAGCUGAACAUAACCUCAGGUUGUGAUUCAGUGGAAGCAGCUGAUCCAAAUAAAGUGGGUACUGAGCCAUCUUUCAAGAGCAAGUGUUUUGUGAAUCCCUCGUUGAACUCCCUGAGAUUAGAGAAGCAGCCGUCAAUCCUCAUGUCUAAAUUGUGGUAUUGUGUUAUAGCGGACAGUGCCGACCGUGAGUCCAGUCUGGAUCUGAUCAAACUGGACAUCUCGCGCACAUUUCCUCCGCUCUUCAUCUUCCAGAAGGGUGGGCCAUACCAUGAUCUCCUGCAUAGCCUUCUGGGCGCAUACACCUGCUACAGACCUGACGUGGGAUAUGUUCAGGGAAUGUCCUUCAUAGCUGCUGUGUUGAUUCUCAACCUGGAGGAGGCCGACGCUUUCAUCGCCUUCGCCAAUCUCCUCAACAAACCCUGUCAGAUGGCUUUCUUCAGAGUGGACCACGAGCUGAUGCUGAAGUACUUUGCGGCAUUUGAGGUGUUUUUUGAGGAAAACCUCCCCAGACUUUUUAAUCACUUCAAGAGUUAUAACCUCACGCCUGACCUGUAUCUGAUAGACUGGAUCUUCACCCUCUACACUAAGUCCCUGCCGUUGGAUGUGGCGUGUCGGGUGUGGGACGUGUUCUGCAGAGACGGGGAGGAGUUCCUGUUCCGCACGGGGCUUGGGAUUCUGCGGCUCUAUGAGGACGUGCUCCUGCAGAUGGACUUCAUCCACAUCGCUCAGUUCCUGACCAGACUCCCGGAGGACACGCCGUCUGAACGCCUCUUGAGCUGCAUCGCCAACACUCAGAUGAUCAGCAGCAACAGGAAGUGGGCCCAGGUGUUUAAUGCCCUCAUAAAGGAUAAAGAAAUGGAAAAAAGCAUCAGUCCUACAGUGAAAACCUCUUGAACUCUCACCAGUUUUAUAUUUCCAGUUGACUUCAACUCUCGAUUAGAAGAGGGGAUUGUAUAAAACAGGCUCAAAGAAAUGGAAUGAAAGAAAAAGCUCAACUUGAUACCUUUGUAACCAUGCCAGUGUUACUGAAGUUACACAUAUGUGUGAAUUAAAAAUAUAAGCCUUUUAUGAGAAAAUAUUCCACCAGCUUAGUCGUGUACUGUACCAGAUACCAGCAUCAGGCUUUCUCUUAAUCUUCCUCCUUAUGGAGAGGACUGGUGCCGGCAUACGCACUCAUUUUGUAUGCUGAAGUUUAUUUUGGAAGCAUAUCCAUUCAGAGCCUGUUUAAUGCACUUGAGAUUUUAAUAAUGGAAUAUCCAGGUUCUGUGAUUUUUAAAUGUGAUUCUUUUAAGUGGUUUUGUUUUGUAGGACAAGACCUUAAUGAAGUGCAAUAGAAAUUUUAAAAAUAAAUCCAAUGCAGGAAUAAUGCAUAUAGUGUGUUGAGGUGUUUGAAAGCAUUUUGUUGCUUCUUGCCGAAGAAUUAUUGCAUUUCUUGCGGUCCUAUUGUGCUACUUUAAUUUGUUCUUUUAAAACACUAAUAUAUAGCUUCAUUUUAAUGUUAGUAAGACAGUGAUGAAUGCAUUCAGAGAUUUUUGCAUUUUGCAAACUGACAUUUGCCAGUUAAAGAAAAAGAGUGUGUGGCGUAAUACAUUUUUGUCUGUUUUAUUUUAGUUUGACCAAAAAAUAUUUGACCAAAUGCAUUGUUUAUCAUGCAUUUCAACCUAAUAUCUGUAAAUAUUGGGUUUCGAAACAUUUUUCCAAUUGGUAAUGUUGCAUCUUGAAGAAAAAUGUAAAUUGUGUCAUUAAUUCUUGGUUUGUUUUC